AUGAACCAGACUCUGAACAGCAGCAAGACCCCAGCAUCAAACUGGAGCGGCCCCCCGAGGGAAACACUGGGCGUGACCACCUGGGUGCUGAGUGCGCUGACCAUACUCACCUACGUGGUCGGCAUCGCAGGCAAUGGCGUGGUGGUCUGGCUGCUGAGCUUCCGCGAGCAAAGGGGCCCCUUCUGUGUCUACAUCCUCCACCUGGCCGUGGCCAACCUCCUUUUCCUCCUCUGCCUGGCCUCCAAGCUCAUCCUAGAAGCCAGCCUGGUGGCUAACACGGGUCAUACAAUCUACUCAGACCACACAGUUCACAUGUUCCCCACGGCCCUCAAGGCAUUUGAGGUGCUGAGGAGAAUGAACUUCUUGGCCUACACGGUGGGCCUGAGCCUGCUGACGGCCAUCAGCACGGAGCGCUGCCUCUCAGUCCUCUUUCCCAUCUGGUACAGGUGUCACCGGCCACAGCACCUGUCUGCCAUGGUGUGCGCCCUGCUCUGGGCACUGGCCGUCCUGCUGAAUGUGAUCAAAGCGUUGUUCUGCAGAGAGUUCUGGAACCUGGACGCACAGCAGUGCUUCACAGUGGACCUCAUCUUCAGCCUCCUCAUCCUGGCACUCUUCACGCCCGUGAUGGCCCUGUCCAGCCUCAUCCUCUCCGUGCGGGUGCAGAGAAGCUUCCAGCGGCGCCGGCGGCAGCCCACACGGCUGUAUGUGGCCAUCCUGGCCUCCGUCCUGGUGUUCCUCAUCUGUGCCCUGCCCCUGGGCAUCUACUGGUGCCUCCUCUACUGGCUGGACCGGCACCUGUGGACAGACAUUAAACUCAGCUACUCCAUAUUCUUCUCCUCGUCCGUGAGCAGCAGUGCCAACCCCGUCAUCUACUUCGUGGUGGGCCGUCGGAGGAGCCCGGGCCCGAGGGAGGCCCUGGGGACCGUGCUUCACAGGGUGCUGCAGGAGGAGGCCGAGCUGGAGCCCGGGGACACGCCCUCCACCGGCACCAACCAGGAGGGGGUCUGA